UCCGCUGUCUGGAUCCACACAGAAUGUAUUUCCCCGGAGUCGUUUCUCACUUAGCUCUACUGCAUCCUUGGUAGCCAGCCCGUCGCUAGUCGUCCAACUGGCGACCUAAACAAACAACAGAAAAUAAUUUAUGUUUGCACUUUAAAGUAAGUUGUCAGGUCUGACUGCCGUCGGCUUUGCUCUUCUACGCGAGAAGUCAUUGGCGAUUUUUUUUUUUUUAACGAAAAUCGCCUUUGCAAAAAAACUCGCGAAGAAAUAGAACGUCAGCCGCGUUCGCGUGCAUCAAUUAGCUGCUUUGAAAGUCGUUUUAUCCGUGACGUUUUGACAAACUGUUUUUUCGAGUGUAAUUUCGCGGCACAUUUAGUUGAGUUGGGGGUUUAGUUGAGUUACAAGCCUAAACCACAGUACUCUCCGUCUCUCCGGCUGAGUGGCCGUUGUUUACCUCUCUCUCGUCACCAGUCGGCUCAUCUGCCAAAUCCGACUUUAAACGGCUUUUAAGCGAUUGAAUCUCAGCUCCAUCUCUUUUACGGGUAACUUUAAGAAGAGACCGUGGAGAAUGCUUCGUCUAAUUCUUCUUCUGCCAUGAACCGACGCAACACCGAAAGCUGCAAAAAAACCUGCGACUAACGCGAGCUGAGAGAAGCUAGCGACAGAAGAAAGAGAACCAUUUGAUGGAAGAAAAAAAAAAGAAAAAACAAGAAGAAAAGAUCAAGACGGACGUCGCUCAGAAAAAGGCUGCUGAUCAGAAACCUAAAGUGCCAGAGCCUGCUCCCACUAAGCCCAGUCCCGGCCCACCCCACCACCUCCACCAGGCCAGCCCUACGCUGCCCCUCUCCUCCUCCUCUUCUGGCAAUGGCAAGCGCGCCCCCUCCAGUAGCCAACUCCCGACCCAGACUCUCCCUCAGCAGCAGUUGUCCUCUGCCAGUGCUCGCUACCCACCCAGAGAGGUGCCCCCGCGCUUCCGCCAGCAGGAGCACAAGCAGCUACUGAAGAGAGGCCAGCCACUGCCUGCAGGAGCCCUCAGUGCUCUCACCCUCGCCUGUUCCUCGUCCUCGUCCUCCUCUUCACCUUCGGGGUCUCACUCUUCUUCUAAGACUGCCAGCAGCACUUCCCCAAACUCUGCCACUUCCACUGCGGGCAAACGCCACCCAGACGUAUCCCUCCAGAGUGGCUCAGUUGCCCAGUAUGAGACCUCUCGCUGGGGAGACUCUUUGCCAGUUGACAGUGCCAACAGCUGGGACAAAGUGAUUAUUGACCGAAGUGACAAAGAAGUUUGGCUCUCCAUCAGCCACAGUAGUGACCCCGGCCACCCCGCGGAACCAGAAUGCUCCUUGGGCUCAGCUAGCUCUAACACAGACACAAGUGCUUGCACUACCACCAGUAGUAAUUGUUUUCCGACUAUGGCCACAGGUGCCGCAGGCCAGCAGGCCCACUACUCCUCUCUUAAAGCUAACAAUAACAUGAUGACAGGACCUGGGUCAGCCAACACAUGCAGUAGUAGAGGCUGGGGCUCUGAUGGGAAACAAGAAGGUAUGAAUGGUGGUCGAGUAGGGGCACCCAAUAACUGGGGCUCUACCAAUUUUAACUUGAACCUCAAUCCCAAUGCCAACCCAUCAGCUUGGCCUGUUCUGGGCCAGGAGGGUGGUGGAGGUUGUGGUAUUGGUCCCAAUGUGGUGUCAAACUCCCCAUCCCUCCCACCAGGUAUUAAUGGAAACAUGGGAAAUGGGAGCCUGGGAGGUGCAGAUAAUGGCGGGGGAGGUUGGGGUGGCAUGAUGAGUGCUAGUGAAAAUGAUCAACAGCACCCUUCAACUAACACAAGCUUGUCCUUCAAAAUGGAACCUUCUAACCUUAACAAUGAUGGACCAAACUGCACUAAGCAGCAGCAGCAGCAAGCUCAGGAGCCUAUGAGCCCAAUCCAUGGGAUAACUGGCUGGGGAGGCCAGUCACCCACUGAAUCAUCCCAGCUGAAUGGGGACACAACAUGCAGCACUGGAUGGGGUAGUGGAGAGACCAAGGCAGUUGACUCUCCCAAGGACCCAGGCUGGGACUCAACUCCCUCUGGAGGCCUUUCUGGUUGGGGCCGGCAAGGCAGUGGUGGUGGGAGUAGUGGAAGUGGUGGCUAUUGUGACUGGGGGAAAUCCUCCAGUGGCGGUGAGGCAUCUAAAGGCUGGGACUCAGUAGAUGCUGGAAGCUCUGGUUCAGGCCAAGAGCAGCAACAUAGCUCAUGGGGGCAGCAGCCCAGAACAGCCCCAGUGAGCGACGGUAAUGGGGCCAGCAGCGAAAGUCAAUCUGGCCGAGAUAGGUCCUCCAGCACGGAUUGUACCCCUCUUCUACCCCGGCAAGACCUGGACCCUAGGGUGCUGAGUAACACGGGUUGGGGACAGACCCCGAUCCGACAGCACACUGUAUGGGAGAUGGAAGAAGCCAAAUCAGAUGAAGGGAAGAUCAAAAGUAGCUCAGCCUCCACAGGAUGCUCCAGCUCUAAUGUUAGACCCUCAUCCAUCAAUGGAGGUACCAUCGACCCAAAAACCGGCCCUAAUCAGAGGCCUGGGUCUGGAGAGAAAAGUGACAAUGAAGGAUCAUCAUCUUCCUCUGGCUGGAGAGCCCCUCCACCUCAGCCUAUCCAAACCGGAUCAGGAUGGGGGGACCCCCCACAGUCCCAUAGCAAAACGCAGAAUGGCAAUACCAGUGGCUGGGGGGACCCUUUGCCUCCCAAUGCUCCCAGAAAUAAAGGCACACCCUCCUGGAGUUCUGAAGAAAAGUCAUCCGGUUGGGACGAUGGCAUGACGAAAAGUCAGCCGACUAACUGGGGAGAGGGCCCCAAAAGCUCCCAUGGAUGGGGCAACGGUAAUGGUGGCUCCAACAGCACAAGCACAGGAGAGUGGGGAGAGGCGGAGGUCAAGAAGAAUGGAUCAUCCAACAGCAUGUGGGAAGGUGAAGGAGGUAGUGGAGGAAAUGGUGGAUGGAAGGAGAGCCCCAGGGGAGGAAAUAGAGGCGGUGGAGGGGGAGGCUGGAAUAAGCCUGCGCCUGCGCCUGCUCCUGCACCUACUCCCGCUCCUGUUCCGAUUCCUGCUGUGAGUAAUAGCAGCUGGGGGGAGAUCCCACGUGCCAAUGGCCCAGUGCAGGGGAAUUGGGGCUCUUCUAAGGCCCAGGAAAGCAGCAGCAGCAGCAGCAAUGGCAGCGGAGGAGGUGGCAGCAUGGGUUCAUGGGGUGGUCCUGGUACUGUGAAGCAGAACUCAUCGAGCUGGGGAAAUGGCAGCAAACAGGACCAAGGCAUGGAUCCCACUGGCUGGGAGGAGCCCUCCCCUCCCUCUAUCCGCAGGAAGAUGGAGAUUGACGAUGGAACGUCCACCUGGGGCAAUCCUGCCCCCAACAGCAAGACUGUCAACAUGUGGGAUCGCAAAAAUCCUAAUAAUAACCCAGGAAACAGCGGCCCACCGCCCAGUAAGGGUGGUGGAGUGAUCAACAACAACAAUAACAAUCACUCUGUCGGCCCUGGCAACAACAAUCCCCAUCACACCCACCACAUGCACCACCACCCCCAUCAUGGCCAGCCCCCACCUCACAUGCAACACCAUGGAAACAACAAUGGGUCAUCCAACCACGGCCCCCCACAUCCAAGUGCAGGCCCCCAGGGUAGACCCGCCCUCGCCAACCCAGGUUGGGGAGAAGUUCCAAAUGUUCAGCUCAAGUCAGAGCCUGCUUGGGGAGAGCCAGCUGCUCCAACAUCAUCUGUGGACAAUGGCACCUCUGCCUGGGGAAAGUCUUCAGGUGGUGGAGGAGGAUGGGGAGACGGUGGCCACGAGUCCUCUGGUCCCUAUGGCAGGGCCAACGGACCCACAGGUUCUUCAGCCUGCAAGCCAGGUCCCAAACCUAUGCAAGAUGGCUGGGGAAAUGGAGGGGAGGAGAUGGGCAUGUCUAGCGGCCAAUGGGAUGCUGAGGAUGGGGACAUGUGGAACAGCCCCACCUCCCAGGAGAGCAGCUCUUCUUGCAACUCCUGGAGCAAUGGACCCAAGAAGGGCCCGAGCAAGUGCAAGAUGGGCAAGCCAGAUGAAGCUUGGAUCAUGAACCGUCUCAUCAAACAGCUCACUGACAUGGGCUUUCCGAGAGACCCUGCUGAGGAGGCGUUGAAGAGCAACAACAUGAACCUUGACCAGGCCAUGAGCGCCCUGUUGGAGAAGAAGACGGACCUGGACAAGCGGGGCAGGGGCAUGUCUGAUUACAGCAACGGCAUGAACAAGCCCAUGGUGUGUCGGCCCUCUGCUCUCUCCAAAGACCCCUCAGACCGCACAUCCUUUAUUGACAAGGACGGUGUUCUGUCAGAUGAUGCCCCCCCAUCACCGUUUCUGCCUUCCCCCAGCCUGAAGCUCCCCCUGGCCAACAGUAGCCUUCCUGGGCAGGGUCUGGGACAGGGCAACCCGGGGCUGGCCAUGCAAAACUUGAACAACAGACAGAUGCCCAGUGGAAUGUUUGGCAGUAGUGGAGCAGCACAAACCCGGGCGAUUCUGCAGCAGCCUCAGCCACCAGUGCCACCUCCCAGCUCCUCCCAGCCUAGUCUACGUGCUCAAGUGCCUCAGUUUCUCUCCCCUCAGGUCCAAGCACAGCUCUUGCAGUUUGCAGCAAAAAACAUUGGUCUGAACCCUGCACUUUUAACCUCACCAAUAAACCCUCAACAGAUGACUCUCUUGUACCAACUUCAGCAGCUGCAAAUGGCGUACCAGCGUUUACAAAUCCAGCAGCAGAUGAUGCAGGCGCAACGCAAUGUUUCCGGCCCCAUUAGACAACAAGAGCAGCAAGUUGCGCGUACAAUCACCAACAUGCAGCAGCAGAUCCAGCAGCACCAGCGUCAGCUGUACCAAGCGCUGUUGAUGAAGCAGCAGCAACUUCCCUCUCACUCCUCCUCCUCCUCCGCCGGUAUGCAUAACCCCGGAGGCCACGGUUCCGGCAAAUCAACCCACGACCCCUACGCAGGCGCACACCAGGCUCCUGGUCUAGCCGACACACUGCACACCAAAGAGCCGCCGUCUUCGCCCAACGCCUACAGCACCUACCCUCUCUCUGGACUGAAUCCAAACAUGAACGUAAACUGCAUGGAGGUUGGGGUUAUGUCCCUGAAGGAGCCCCCUCAGCCCCAAUCCCGCCUGUCCCAGUGGACACACUCUCACUCCAUGGACGGCCUCUCUGGCAACUCCUCUAACAUGGAGAACAACCUCAAUAAGCACGGUGCCAUAUCUGCUGGGUCUAGCCUGGGCCCCCCCGGGAAGCCCCACCAUCUGGAGGACUCGUACAGCCCUUACAAUCUAAUGUCCCGCUCUGAGUCCCCCACCAGCCCCAUGGUGCCCCAAGACGGCUGGGGCCAGGGCAAGAGCCCCAAUGAAAAGAUCUCCAAUGGGACCAACAUUAACUGGCCCCCAGAGUUCUGCCCAGGUGUUCCAUGGAAGGGCCUUCAGAACAUCGACCCCGAGAAUGACCCCAACAUGACCCCUGGCAGCGUCCCCAGCGGCCCCACCAUCAACACCAACAUCCACGACGUCAACCGAUACCUGCUGCGGGACAAGAAUGGAGCCACUCCCCCAGCUCUGCCACUUCCGAAUGACUCUCUGCCUCCGACCAGCAACGACUGGCCAGUCUGUGGCUACUCUAGCUCUUUUCUGUCUCUUGCGUCCUCUGACGGAGACGAUACAGGCAAGCUGUCUGACAUGAAGUCCACCUGGUCCCCGGGGCCCAUCUCCCAGGGCCAAUCCUCUUUGUCCCACGAGCUGUGGAAAGUCCCUCAGGGGCCGCGCAGCAACGCUGCCCCUUCUCGGCCCCCACCAGGCCUCACCAACAGCAAACCCUCCUCCACCUGGGGCGGCAACUCGCUGGGCCUGGCCCAAGGCUGGAGCGCCUCCUACACCUCUGAGGGAACCACCUGGAGUACUGACAGCCCCAGCAGGACCAGCAGCUGGCUGGUGCUGAGGAAUCUCACCCCACAAAUUGAUGGUUCCACCCUGCGGACGCUGUGCUUGCAGCACGGCCCCCUGAUCACAUUCCACCUCAACCUGACCCAGGGCAACGCCGUGGUGCGCUACAGCUCCAGGGAUGAGGCCGCAAAGGCCCAGAAGUCUCUGCACAUGUGUGUGCUUGGAAACACCACCAUCCUGGCGGAGUUUGCCGGCGAGGAGGAGGUGAACCGCUUCUUUGCACAAGGCCAGUCCCAGUCCCUGGGGGCUAACACCACUAGCUGGCAGGCCAACCCAGGAACCAAUCAAAACCGGAUGGGCGGGGCAGCACAGUCCCACCCUAUGAACCAAUGGAGCAGCGGCGGCGGUGGCUGCGGAGGCAAGUCCAGCGACCUGCUGUGGGGCGGCAUGCCACAUUACUCCAGCCUGUGGGGGCCGCCGAGCGGAGACGAUGCCCGCGUGAUUGGGAGCCCCACCUCCAUUAACACCCUGCUGCCUGGAGAUCUGCUGAGUGGAGAGUCCAUGUAGGAUGAUGCCACGAUACACUAACCGACCAACCGCCACCACCGUGUCACGUAAGCCAUUGGUGGUGGGUGGGUAGAGAAAGAGAAAGAAAAUACAAAACGAAACAAAAAAUGUCAAUAUGAACAGGAGCUAAACCCAAGCAAAUCAUGUGGCGAUAAUCAGUAUCAAUUUGAACUGUGAAUUGUGAAUCAGAUGGCUGGAGUCCCAACCACAGAGACUGCAGACUCCAGUCCUUCUGUUUUGCUGUUGUCCGUUUUUCGUUUGGUUUACCCUUUUUGGUACUUUUUUUUAAUGCAUCGUACAAAACGAACUAAAACGAGACACAAUACAAAGAAACCUUUGAAGUGUUUUUUUUUCUUUUCCAUAAGUAUACAUGACAUUCUGUGUGACGUUGUUUUUGAAGACUGUUUUUAGGAGAAGCAAUCAAAGCUGCCAUCUGAGACUUUCCUUUUCCCUCCAAAAAAAAAAGAAGAAGAAAAAGAAAACCAUCCCAAAAUAAGACUUAAAACGACCAUUCCCAGCAUGUCCGUGGCCAAUGAUGUGGUUCAAAGACCUUUACUAGUUAUGUUCACGUUUGUUUCUCAGCACUAAUAUUAGCCUUAAGUGCUCUCUGGCCCAGGUCCUUCCCAAGCAGCCUUUUUUUUGUUUUUUGUUUUGUAAUUGAAGAAAUUGCUGAAAUCUUGCACAGUUUCACCUCUGAACCAGCGAGUGGUCCAGGACAUGACUGGUGACCAACUCCGUCACUGAGCAGUAAGAAGUCUUGGCCACGUGACUGGCCCUACCAAUCAUCAGCUUACUUAUUUUUAGUUUCUUAAAGGGAUUGACACAGCUGUAAAAUGUUCUCUUUUUUUUUUCUUGACCCAAGCGCAUUUUUUUAUAUCUACAAUAUAUAAGCUGAGAGAAGAUUAUUUGUCAACCUCGCUGCGUGUCUCUGGUUCUGACCAGUGGCACCUAAUCACUGCAAGCCCGGAUCCUUCUGGUCACCUUCAACCCAGUCGGUCACUGGUGCUUUGUCGAAUUUUCUAUUGUCCGAUUUGUCAUGAAGCCCAGCGGUCUGUACGGUCAGCCAGUUUUUCUGAGGACAAAAAAAAAAAAAAAAAACACAAUUUCACCUUACAUUGUGCAAUAUACACCAGAGACCUUUCUUCCGUCCAUCCUAUUUCUGUCCACCGGAGCUGUUUUUUGCUAAGUUUUUCUUGAUUGUUGCUGAUUGCAGCAAAAAGUCAUUGGAGCUUCACAAACCGUACGCACCCCUUUUCAAAACUUGGAUUCUCUCCAGGCCGCCAGUCCCCCUGAAACUGGACUCUGCAAAGAGGAAGAAGCAGCUGUUGAACUGUGCACGCAGCAAACUGUACUAAAGAGUGACACAAUAACGCACACUUCCUCUCUGCAUGCCACAGACACACCCAACAGAGACUGAAUCCACAGUGGGGGGGUCGGGUGGUUCUGGGUAUCUGGCACAAUACCAAAUAAGAGGGGUUUCUCCUAAUGCAGUAGACCUUCGAGUGUUCCUUGUGUUUGGUACUGUACAAACAGAAGAGACUAAGACUUUUAGAAAUUCAGAGGGUUUGAUCAUAGCACUUAUGAAGAGAAAAUCGCUUCACCUGCAAUCUAAUGAAUCAACACAAAAAAAGGAGCACCAUAAACAUUGAAAACAACAACAAACACAGAAAAAAACUGCUCUUUUAUGUACUAUAUCUAUUCCUUGGAAAUGUGUCUGGCAUUGUUCCUCUGGUAGCAGGAUGAAGGGAAACACAACUGAAAUGCACCAUUGGACUUUAGUGGGAAAACUGCAGUCGAUGUUUAGUUUUUCUCCGUCUUUGAACAAUAUCAAAGUCAAUAUCAUUGUUACUCCAAAUAUUUCGCCUUGUUCUGUUUGGAGAGCACCAGACUUGCAACGUCGUCGGCCAGUCAGCCGGGGUGGGGGGAGUCGGAGGUGGUGUGGAGAGGGGGAGCGUCCACUGAGUGCCUCCCCUGCUGUGGCCGAGCGGCAGCCCCACAGCGCAGCACUUCCUCCUGGGCUCCACCUGACCCUCCCUCAGUCCGGCUCCUCCAAGACCGGCCAAUCACGGCUCUCCGCCACACACGGCAUCUCCGACUGGAGAGGGGGGGGGGGGCCCGCCACCACUCAACCCUGCUGUCGUCCUGUGCCCCCCCCCUACUCCCCCCACUUCCCCCUCUCAUCUCUCAGUUCUUUGACACACCGAUCACUUUAGCUGGAAGAUGUAAUAGUCAUAUUUCUGGAUUUUUUUGCCAGUGUUCUUUUAUUUUUCUCUUGGGAAAAGAUCCUUUUGACUUUGUCUGGUUAUUUACGACGUGUUAUAUUGUUGUAGUUUUUGUCUACAUGCAGUAGUCUACAAAAUACUGGCUGCUGAAGUAGCCCUUCACUGUUGAUAUGCAGAAACACUUUGGUCAGAGGUGUCUCUGUAUGUCCAUCCUGUGUAUUGAAUGCAAAACGAGGAUCAAUACUACAGAGCGUUAUUGAUUGUCUAUUUGUUUUUAACUGAUCAUGCUUUUUGUGUUUAACAGUAUUCGGUAGUAUUUCCAGGUAGUAUCUUAAGAUGUGUUUAAAAAAAAAAAAUGUCUGACGGGGGGGGGGGGGGGGGGGGUUGUUGCUCCAAGCUGCUCCGCCUGCCCUGCAGGCUGUCCCCCCUUGCCCUUUGCCUAGCUGCUACGCUACGACCUCCUCCUCCUCCACCACCAGACCCAGUAGCCCUCCCCUGACCAGGCACCAACAGGCCCUCCGAUCUGUUUCUAUGCAAAAGACUAGAGGCUGGGGCCCUUUACAGCACGCCAAACCUCACUCGGGAAUGAGCACUCGUACCCGGGGCUUGGCAAAAAACCCAAAACCCUCGCCACCCCCUCUAACCCCCCCUCGUGCGCUUCUGUCAGCACUUCGGAAUGGCCGCCGUUUCUGUAAAGUCAGGCGCAGCCACCAGAACAGUCACGUACUGAAGUCCGAACACUUUAUCAAAGAUCGGCCUUUCUCUCCGCGCUGAAGACACUUCUGUCCACUUGAUCUCAGGGUAGGGGAGCAGAUGAUACCAAGUAAGAGAUGCAGCUCUCCGUAUCUGUCCUUUCUACUGUGAGAGCAAAGUCUUAAAACGAAAAGGCCAUCGGCGCAACAUGUACGGACCUCACGCCUCGAACUUAAUCCUAAUUGGAAGGGGAAAUGCUUGUAUUGAAUCUUUUUUUGUUCCUCAAAAAGGUGGCCUAUAUUUACUGUUUUCGGGGCCCAUUGUUGCGUGUAAAAGUUUCCAACAUAAUGUGCCAAUAUAGAUUUGCUGUGCCGUCCUGUAUCCCCAGAGAGAGCACUUCUGUUCCCUGUUUGGAGGAGCUUUGAUGACCUUUGCAGAGGGUGCAGCGGGGGACAGGAGGGAUCAAACCAACGGGCAGCAGCAUCACACCCUGAACAGGCUGAGAACUCUUUCUUUUUUUUAUGCUUUCUAUGCUUUUGUGGGCGAUGCCCCAUGCUAUGGAGAACAUCUCUCUACUCAGCUGGGUGUUCCAGUUUGCUACAGUGCACACUUGAUGAUGGGUAAUCCCGGGUACAUAUUUUUUUUAAACCAAAAAUGAAAUUGCAUUUUAACGUCAUUUUUAUGAAGUUUGACAUAAAAAUCUUGAAAAUGCAAAAAAAUCUAAGUGAAAAAAGAAAAGAAAAAAGAUUUCUAUAAUAUGUUAAAGCUCUGCACUUCUAGCUGAAACGUCUCCGGCCAGCAGCCUCUACUGCUACCAUCUAAAGGAGUAGACUAGGGGCCGGGGUGCCUUUUUUUUGUGGAUGCUGUAUUUAUCUCGAUUUAAAGUUCGUGUCCCGCUCAAAGCGAGGGCCCUGAACUCGACAUUUCCACGGACCCAGAUGGCUCGGGCCAACUGUAUCAGCCUCACUCUGCAUCAGCAGGAGGGAAGGGGCACAUUUCAAGAGGUACAAAAGUCUUAAUAACAUUUGAAAAACUACAAAAGUUUUUUAAAACUUGGUUUAAAAAAUGAAAAUAAAUAAAAAAGCAAGAAAACAGGAAAAGGCUACCUUUCAGGACACGCAGUCCUGCAGCACACAAGCAAAAAUCACUAUUGCCUGUUUCUGUAACUGCCUUGAUCCAAGCUCAGACAGACCCAAUAGCCGAGGACCUCCUCAUCCUCCUGCAUUCUGCAUUACCGGAGGACCCCGACAGUGAAGGGGGUUUCCCAUGCUGCACCAGCAUCGAGAGGCUCUCCUCUCUACAGCUCUGAUCUAGAUAAGUGUGUUUAUAUGUGUGUGUAUACGUGUGUAUAUAUACACGUAUACACAUACUGUGAGUUUGGUGUGUGUGGUAUCACCUCUUCAGACUUCUUGGAUCGAUGACCUCCGAAACGUUUCACUUUUGUUUCAACGGUCUUAGUUUCAUACACCGGAAAAAAUGAGCAAUAUGUAUUUUCCCCGCAAAUAAGUGAUACGAAGGAAAUAAUUUGGGUCGGGCGUGAACGGAUACUUGAUUGAUUGGAAGCGUCGGCUUUCUGGCGUAGGGUUGCUUAUGCACGUUCUGGUGUUGAUGACAUAUUGCAGUACUUUGAAGUGCUCGUACUGUACAUAUGUGUAUUGUGUUAGUUAGUCCGUCUAAAAGCCCAAAACAACCAGUCCAUUCAAAAAAAUGAAAAGAAAAAUCACAAACAUAUCAAAAGGAGACAACAUAUUAAACACAAAUACUUGAAUAAUGGAGCGCCAAUAAUGUAAUGUGAAGUCAGUACUUCUUUUUUUCCCUCCAUCUGACAGGUACAUCUAUAGGGGCUUUUAGAGAAUGUUAAAAACAUGUAUUGCAUUGAGUUACAAAUACAAAAUCUUUGAGAGAGAGAAAAAAAAUUCGAAAAUCAUCAUUUGAUGUGUGCUUGAAAGUCAGAUGUUUGAUUGAAUGUGUGCGCCAAUAACUGUGUGUGGGCACAAGGCCCGCUGUCACGUUCCACUCAGUAUGCUAUGUUUUGUAUCUGUGUAUUAGUUUCCUCUUCUUCUUUUUUUUGUUCUGUCAAAAUGUAUUCUGAUAGACGUUGUUAUUAUCUUCUAACGUUGCACUGAGUGUCUUCUGCCCCUCACUCAGCUAAUCGUAGGGAAACGAGUUUAAGUACUGAGGGGCGGUGGGGACAGUUCACGUGUUCAUGUUUACUCAAGGACUUAACGGAUUCUUUUCAUUCUAUCUGUAAAAAGUGUAUCUACCUUAUAGUGGCUUUUAUUGUGAAAUAAUCCAGUACAAGGAUUAUUUAUCAUUGAGUAUUGCACCAUUUUGUUUCAAUUAUACAAGAACAAAUGGAGAAACUAUUUAAAAUCCCAAAAAAAAAAAAAAUUUAAAUGGAAGAAAAAGAAGGAAAAAAAAGCAACAACAAAGAACUGUGGCCAUAGAUAGCGGUAGAAGGACUAGUCAUCCCGAUGUUCACUUCAUGGAGAAAUAGAAAGGGAUAACGUGUGGGAGGUGAGUUUGUUACAAGACUCAUUUCAGAGGUGCCUAUCUUUUCUGUUUGUUUGUUGUUUAUUUGUUGUUUUGCAAAACCCACCUGUCGUUUACAAGCAUUUCAUUGGUCGGAGGUUCAAGGAAAUAGGAAUUUAUAACGGGAAUGUUCGAAGAAGAAGAAAAGAGACAAAUUUCAUCUUCCAUCAAAUAUGGACAUGGAAAUCUUUGCGAAAUGAAGAUGUAUGCUACUUUAAGAACUCUGGGAUUGAUCAGUGUUGUCAUUUCAAGUUUCAAUUUUAUAUUUGUUAUGUCCGCGUCGAUAGACUAUCUCUGUGUGUUUAUUGAGUUGUGGUUUUGUAUUUCCUGUAAGCGACGCAGUUUGCUCAAUAUCUUGCACACUCAUAAAAGAUGUGGAUUUUUGUCUCAGGAAGGCCAGGGUUCCCGAUAGCAACGCCAUCCUUUCUACAUGUCAUGUGUUAUUUGUUUUUUGUGAAAGAAGCAACUGAAAACAAUUAAACUCCAAGCAAGCACUGAAGGUCAUGAGUUUAAGAGAAUAUAGAGAGUACCAAGUAACAACAACAAGAAAAGGUUUGUAGCAAGUUAUAUAUUUACCAAAUAAGACUUAAGAAUCAACUUUGAAAAACAAAAAGUGGAGUGCUUUACAUGUGAAAUCUAAAUAUAAUUGCUUUACAUUUAAACUGAUCAAUGGUUUGAUUGUGAAGAGAGAGAAAAGAGACACGUGACAGCAAAUGCAUCGAGUAUAUUUUGACUUUAACGUUUCCAUCCUGUCGUCCAGGAGCAUUGUGCAAGUAUUUAGUAUUAUUAUUGUUUCCAAGUCAUCUCGCCUGUCUGUCAAGCACGGCGGUGCCGGUGACGUCAUUCAGUAAGUGGGAGAUGUGUCCGCGUGUAACGGAGGCUUCUCGGAGACGGGUGUGAAGAGGAGGCAUGAAGCUGGUUUUUAAGGAUCAUGAUCUAUGCACAAAGUGGGAGGAGUCCAGGCCCAGCUGCUGUUCUGCUGCCGUUUGUGGACUCGAGACUCUGGGGUUCAGGGUUUUAUGUCGGGUUGUUCUUGUUCGUUUCUUCCUCUCGCUCAAAUGCCCCCCCCUUCUCCUCAUUAUCAUCGACAUCUAAUGUUUGAGUGAAACUUGACAUUGCGUCACCAUGCUAUGUAAUCCUGAACCAAUGAGCUAAAGCACUGUGGGUUGUACUGGGAGACGUUCGCGGCUCUCGUGUUCCUUUAUUUGGUUAAUGGGAGGUGGGGAGGUGGGUGACUGGGGGGUCCUUAGCCUUUCUCUUUACUUUAAAAAAAAAAAAAAAAACAUUAAGGAAAAAUGUCUGUAACUGAAAUACAAAGUUGUGGCUUUUAAUGUUCAUUUUUUUCUCCUCAUAGAAUGUGAUUAAGGACAUGCACCGGAAAUAAAUGUUCCCAUAAAUUAUGGAUCUUCUUUUGGAAUAUAUUAAUAAAUUACAAGUUUUCUUCGCUGUUA